GCUAAUGAAGAAGUUUGGCGUGAAAAAUUACAUGAUUGGAAAACUGCUUUAAAUUUAUAUGAACGUAAAUUAGAAGAUGAUCGAAUUAAAGAUAAAAGUUCACUAAUUCUUGGUCGUAUGCGAUGUUUACGUGCUUUAGGUCAAUGGGCUCCAUUAAACAAUAUGGCUUGGGAACGUUGGAACGAUGUGAAUGAUCAAAUGCGUGCAAUGAUGGCACCAUUAGCAUGUAGUGCUGCAUGGGCAUUGAAUUCAUGGGAUCGUGUUGAACGAUAUACGGAAGCUUUAUCAGCUGAUCAUAGUUUUGAUGGUGCAUUCUAUAGAGCUGUAUUAAAUAUUCAUUCGGAACAUUAUGCUAAAGCAUGUGAUUUCAUUAUGAAAGCACGUGAUGUCCUCGAUUCGAAUUUAACAGCGAUGGCUGAAGAAAGUUAUAAUCGGGCAUAUACUGAUUUAGUCGGUACACAAUUGUUAUCAGAAGCUGAAGAAGUUAUACAAUAUAAACUUAUACCAGAAAGACGUCCAAUUCUACGUGAAGCAUGGCAAUCUCGUUUGCUUGGUUGUAAUUCUGUUGUAGAAGAUUGGAGUCAAAUUAUUCAAUUACGUAGUUUAGUAUUGGAACCAUAUGAAGAUCGUAAAUCAUGGUUACGUUUUGCUGGAUUAUGUCGAAGAAGUGGUCGUUUUAUUUUAUCACGUCAAGUAUUAGAAAAUCUACUCGGUUUAGAUCCAGCUAGUAUUCCACCAUGUGAUCCAAUUCCUAGUUCUGAUCCAGCUAUUGUAUUUGCAUAUACUAAACUUUUAUGGUGUGUCGGUGCACAUGAAGAAGCUGUCAGUCGUUUGUGUGUUUUAAAAACUCAUGUACUCGAGCCAUUACUACGUACUACUGAUACAAACACUAAUUGUGCUCAACAGCUGUCGUCAUCAACAUCAGUUUUUCAAUUUCUCUCACCGAAUCUAUUAAAUACCAAUGAAACGUUAGAUAGUUUAGAUUCAAGACAAUUAGAAAUUCAAUUAAUGAAUGAACGAAAAGAAUUAAGACGAUUAUUGGCAAAAUGUUGUCUGAAAUUAGGUUCAUGGUAUUCCGAAUUGUAUACACGUUCACCGCCAUCUGGUUGUGGUGGUGGUGGCGUUGGCGGCGUCAACAGCACCAGUAAUCAUUCAAUCAUAGAUAAUCAUCCUUUGGCUAAUUCAAAUUCUAUAUUUACUAAUACAAAUGGAAAUGGUUUACAAUUUUCAGUUGCUGCAGCAGCACGUACAUUGUCUAAAGUGAAUUCUUCAAAUAAUAAUGAUACUCUAGUAGAGAAUAUUUAUUCAUCACGUAGUAAUGGAGUUACAAUGCGUACAUCAAUUCAUCAUUCGAAUAGUCUCACAGUUGGUUCACGUGAAUCUACCACCAUUCAUCGUAAUGGUAG